AUGGGUUCAUCAAAAGGGGACGAUCAAGAAGUUCAUUUAAGUCACGAACAAGAAUUUCAACUACAAGCCUUAGGGGUUGAUGAUAAUCAUGCGGAAUCUAGUAGAUCUGCAAGUAUUAAAACAAGAAAACAUAAGUUUGAUGAUGAAUUUCCCGAAGAUUCUCUAGAUACACUAGAUAUAUUAGAUAUACUAGAUGAUACAAAUGAAAAUAAUGAAAAUAAUGGGAAUAAUCAAGAUGAUAGAGAGAAAGAAAAGGAUCGAAUGGUGAAUAUUGAUAAUCAACCAAAUAAAACCAAAACCUCUUCUUCUCAAUCUUGGACAGAAAAAUAUCGACCUAAACAUUAUACUGAUUUAGUGGGAGAUGAGAAUGUUAAUCGAGAUAUAAUGAAAUGGUUAAUUCAAUGGAAUUAUUGCGUAUUUGGUAAAAAAGAGGCGACAUAUGAUGGAAAAAUUAAUGGAAAAAAUGGACUGUAUCAAGACAAGUGGAAUCGACCAGAAAAAAAGAUUUUAAUGUUAACAGGACCACCAGGAUAUGGAAAGACUACUUUGGCACAUGUAGUAGCGCGUCAUUGUGGUUAUGAUGUAUUGGAAAUAAAUGCUAGUGAUGAUCGAACAGGACAAGUUAUCAAAAGUAAAAUUACCAAUGCAUUAGAAAUACAUUCCAUUAAUCAAAAUAAGAAACCUAUUUUAAUUAUUAUUGAUGAGAUUGAUGGAGUUUCUAGUAAUUUAAUUGAUAUAGAAAAGCCACAAAGUUCAAAUUCUGCUAUUACUAAAAAAGGAAUGAAAGGAAUUAAGACAAAUAAAAAACAAAAGAAUAUUAAGAGAAAACAUUUGUUACGACCUAUUAUUUGUAUUUGUAAUGAUCAGUAUGCACCAGUUUUACGUCCACUUCGAAAUCAUGUCAAAGUGGUUCAAUUAAAAAAAUCAAAUACUAAUAGAUUAACCAAGAGAUUGAUGCAAAUAUGUGAACGUGAAAAUUUAUCAGCUGAUAUGUCGGCUUUGUUUUUCUUAACAGAAUCUACAGAAGGUGAUCUUAGAAAUUGUUUAACUAUUUUACAGAAUUUUAAUAAAUCAUUAUUUGCGAUAUGGGAAGAAAUAUUUAUGUUAAAAAGCGCAAGAAAUAAAUUUAGUGAAAAAAAUCACAUAAUGAAAUAUUCUUCUUCUUCUGGUGACUUAUUAAAUAACAACAACUCAACUCAGUACGUUGAACAUUUAGCAUCCGUAAUAAAUUCUAAUGGUGAUUAUGAUAAAUUAUUUCAAGCCAAUUCUCAACAAUCAUUUGAAUUACUUUGUUAUGCCCCUUACCCUUUGAUAAAUUUUUAUCGAUUAUUUGCGGGAAGUGUUCGACCUUAUAUUGAUUAUCCUAAAAGAGAUUAUGAGAAUUACGUCGCAAAACAAGCAAAUGAAAAUUUAAUUGCUUGUUCAUAUAAUGGAAUUCCAUCACACUAUCGAGUAAAAUUAAAUAAAAACUUAUUCCCUACUGAAUUAAUUUCUUAUUUGAUGAGAAUUAUUUAUUCGAAUGUUGAGAAUGUUGAAAUGGAUAAUACUUCAAUGUUACCUUCAAAUACAAAAUUAUCUCGAGUGGUUGAUAUAAUGAUUUUCUUCAAUUUAAAAUUUGUUCAGAAAAGAAUGGAUGAUGGAAAAGUUUUACUUAAACUUGAACCACCAAUAGAUGAUCUCAUAUUAUCUUUUCGUAAUUUACCAAAGAAGAUGUCGUUAAUUAGUCGCGAAAAGUCCAAACAACCAAAGAUUAGUAACGAUAUAAAAACAAAUAAUGGAUUAGACUUUAAAAUUAUUAAUGCACCCAAAAUUUGGUACAUACAUCAUGAAGGUACUUCAAGAGCAGUCAGGACAAAGUUGAAAUUAAGAGAUUUUUUGUGA